AUGGGCCGCAAGAAGAAAAAGCCAUUUAUUGACCGCAAGAAUGCGUCUCGCUACACCCUAAUGCAUCGGUCCCAACGCGAUGUGGGCGGUGACAUUUUGGACGAUGGUGUACCCGUGGGAUCGACCGGUAUGAUUCUGUGGCCCGAUCCCCACAAUCAUCCCGAUACCGAUGCCAAAGUACUGGUUGCUGGAAAUGCCGAAGAACAAGACAAGAUGAAAGAAUGGCGGCAUAAGCUCGCCGCCGUGGGAUUAUUGGAAGAAAACAACAGUGAACAAUAUUUGAAACCGAUUACGGGCGCGGGAACCUUUUUGAGUGCCCGCGGUGGUGGCACCAUUAUUAUUAGCAAUCCACUGAACGAUCCUCGGUCGCAGCCCAUUGUCAUGAAGGAAGAGGAAGAAUUGGCAUUAGUGGCCGAAGUCAAUACACAACAGUUCGAGGGAAUCCCGUUGGCAGCCGACUUUUGUAUCGAUGAGGAUAUUGAAGCGGCGUUAAUGGGAGAUAAUUUGGAGGAUUUUGAAGAAAUUGCCGAUGAUUUUGUUCUGGAUGCAGCACGAGAACCCGAACAGGGAGAUGAAGAAGCCUUUGAUUUUGAUGCUCAUAUUGCCAAAUUGAUGCAAGAUGCCAGACGACAAGCCACCGAUGAGGUCGUGCACGCCGUCGAAGGACACCCAAUGUCCCAAGAUCAGGAUUUCUUUGCCGCGAGAAAGGCAAUACAGGAAGAAGAAGAAGACGAUUCCUUAUUUGGAGGAGGAACCACAUUGGAUGUGGUUCCAGGAGUGGUUCCAUCCUUGAAUCCCGACGAAGAACGCGCGCUCUGCGAACAAUUCGAAAAGACAUUGGCGGAAUACGAUUCCGAUGACAUGGGAGAAAUCUACCAAGAAGAUAUUCACGGGGACCGGCCACUGGAAGGCGAUGCCCAAGUCGAUGCCGCGUUGGACGAGUAUUUGCAAGAGGAUGACAUUUUCAUGCAAAGUGCCAAACCCGCUCCUACCGGCGGCAGUGGCUUUUCCGCCUUGGUGGGAACCCGCAUGAUUCCCGUUCAACAACUACUCGACAAUAACACUGCUCCAGAAGCAGUGCCAGACGAACCCGCUCGACCCAUUCAGGACAUGCUGCGAGACGCCAAGAAGAAGAUUCAGGCACCAGAAUUGGAACCACCUCCGGAAGAAAUUUUCAUUGAUGGCAAGUCGUACUAUUCCAUGAAGGAACGAAAUCCCUGGGAUUGCGAAUCCAUUCUAUCGACGUAUUCCAAUCUCGACAAUAAUCCCAUGGUGAUUGGUGUCAGCAGUCGUCGCAGUAAAAAGAAGAACAAGAACAAGAUUAUUCUAUCGAGUAAAACGGGAUUGCCCGUCUUGGACGAUACGAAUAAUCAUAAUAAUCCUGUGGAAGACGACGAUGAGGAGGAUGAUGACGAUGUGGAUGAGACUUUUAUUAGCGUCAACCGUGGUGUCGCUCGUUCCAAGAAGGAGACCAAGGAAGAGAAAGCUGCUCGCAAAGCCCAAGUCAAGAAGGAACGUCAAAUGGCUCGAAUACAAAAGAAGGCGACCAAGGAAGUGUUCAAGGAAGAGUUUUUGAAUCAAACGGGGGCGGGAAUGUCCGAUGAUGUUGCAGGCAGGGCAGUCUUUCGGUAUUCCUAA